AUGAAUGAGUUAGGCUUAGCUGAUCAAGAAGGCAGUUGUUGGGGAAGGAUGGGCCGGAAGAGGACUAGUUAUGAUGAUACAGUUGGUUACAAAUCAAAGAACCUUCAUGCUGAAAGAAGGAGAAGAGAGAAGCUGAGUAACAGGCUCUUGACACUGCGUGCACUAGUCCCUAUUAUCACAAAUAUGAACAAGGGCACCAUAAUUGAGGAUGCAAUUACUUACAUCCAAGAGCUGAAGAAAAAUGUGGAGGCUCUUACUGACAUGCUUCAAGAAAUGGAAGCAUCAUCGUCGGAAGAGGAAUUCAAGACAAGGGUUAAUGAGAUUGAUGCUUCUGAGGAAAUGAAGCAGUGCGGGAUUAAGGAAGAUGUUCAGGUGACUAACAUCGAAGGGGAUAAGCUCUGGAUCAAGAUUAUCUUGGAGAAGAAGAGAGGCGGGUUCGCUAGAUUGAUGGAGAAAAUGGCUUGCUUUGGCUUGGAACUCAUUGACAGCAAUGUCACCACCUCUAAAGGAGCAAUGCUUGUUACAGCCUGUGUUGAGGGUGCUUUCGGCGACACUCUCACAGUUCAGCAGACCAAGGAACUGUUGACACAGAUCAUCAAAGGCAUAUAG